AUGGAAGCAUCGUGGAUAACAAACUUUCUUAAAGUUUACAGAAUUUCAAAUCGUCGUGUUGUACGUUAUGUAUCGAACAAAGAAAUUACAUCGCCGAAAGAAAUUAUGAAAUCUGCGAUACAAUUUCAAAAUUUAAUACAGUCAAUUUCUAACGAUUAUGAUUCUGAUUAUAUUAUUAAUGCAGAUCAAACUGGCUGCGAAUAUCGAAUAAAUGUUGCAAGAACAUACACACAUACGGGUCAAAAAACAGUUGAACUUUUCAUAGGUGAUUUAAAUAAAAUAAUACAUUCAUACACACAUUCAUACAUUCAUAAAGUGUUUGUAUGUUUGCAAGAACCGGGAGAUGCAUUUGGAGUCCGUGUCAAAGCAGAAGUUGACGAACUCUUAAAAUUGUGUAAAAACGUUAUUAUCGUUUGUUCAAAGUCAGGUAAACUGACUUCAAAUUUGUAUAAAGAAUAUUUAGAAAAAGUUGUAAAACCGUAUGUUGGAAACAAUCCUUUUUUAAUGAUUGUUGACUCUUGGGGGGGGCAUAAAAAUAUUCAUAUGUAUAAUGAAACUUUUGUAAAUAGUGAAAACAAACCAACGUGCAAUGUACAAAUAAUACCGCCAAAGUGUACUCCGAUCUGUCAACCUUACGAUGUAUAUUUUUAUAGACAAGUCAAAAUUUUAAUUAAACGAAUUCAAAAUUAUUCACAAGACAUUAUGGCUGACAGAGAAAAGAAGGAGUUAAACACGAGAUAUGACGCUAUAAGGAUCCAAUCUCUAAUUCAUUAUUUAUUAUCGGCACCGCUAUUUAAGAAAAUGAUCCAAUUCGCUUGGUACGCGUCAAAGUUAGGAAAUGAACGCGACAUAUUUUAUAAUGUAAAUCAGUUAUGUUUUCCAAGUGAUAUACACAACAAAAAAUGUAUAUGUAAUUUCCGCUUUUCAUUUAUAACUUGUUCAUGGUGUACAAAUUAUUUAUGUUUUAAUUGU